CGUCUGCGAUUGUGACUGUUUUCUACGAAAUAAGAGCUUGUAACAACUUAAAUUUGUGUUACAUUAAUAUUCAUUUGUUUUGCAGUUUGUUGUAAGAUACAUUAUCAGAAGUGUGGCUACAAUAACGCUACUAUAAUUGUGUGAUAUAUCAUAUUACAAAGGACGAACGUUUAAGAACAACGUUAACUACAUUGACGUUACUGAGAAAUUGUAAGAAAUACAAUAAGAUUCAGGAAGAAAUACAGCAAUAAAGGACUUUGAAGGAUUAAGACCAAAAUGGAUUUGUUUCCAAAACCUGGCAAAAUGAAUUCUGUGAUGGGAAGGAUUGGAAGAGGAAGAGGAGUUGUCAAAAGUAAUGUGCCAUCAAACAGAUGUCUGUGUUACAGGCCAUACUGUUUUGUAUCAUGCAAUGUUUGUGGAUAUUGGACAAGAGGCAGAGUACGUUACUUUUGCCCUAUUCAUCCACAGACGGUUUUUCUGUUUGAUAUUACACAAUGUCCUCAAUGCAAAUCUUUUGGUCAUAUGUUGUCUGAGAUUUGAAUACGUAUAAGAUACUUCCAU